AUGAUUCUUAAUCCUGAUUAUAGGCCUCUUAGAAAUCCUGAAAAUCCUGUUGUAUUUUUAGAUAUCUGUUUAUCAGAGCCAAAAAAUCAUAUAGGGAGAUUGGUAAUUGAAUUAUUUAAUGACUUAGCUCCAAAAACAUCAGAAAAUUUUAGGCAGUUUUGUACAGGAGAAUAUAAACAUAAUAUGAAAUCUAUAGGAUAUAAGGAUUGUAUGUUUCAUCGUGUUAUUAAAGAUUUUGUAAUACAAGGUGGUGAUUUUAUUAAUAAUGAUGGUACUGGUAGUAUUUCUAUAUAUGGGACUUAUUUUGCAGAUGAAAAUUUUAUUCUUAAACAUGAAAAGGCAGGUUUAAUAUCAAUGGCUAAUAAUGGCAAACCAAAUACAAAUGGUUGUCAGUUUUUUAUUACUUGUAGUUCUUGUGAAUGGUUAGAUAAUAAGCAUGUUGUAUUUGGACAACUCCUUGGAAAUGAAUCUUUUGCUACUUUAAAAAAAAUUGAAAAUGCAACUGUAAUACCUCCAUUAAAUAAACCAAAAAUUCCAAUAGUAAUUUAUCAAUGUGGUCAAUUAUAG